AUGAAAGGCUUCAGGCAAAGAGUGCACGAGCAACUGUCGAGGGCAAAGGAUUCCAACAAGUCUUCCAAAAAGAAAGACCCGGCUCCCGGCACCGCGUCCCCCCUCUCUGCCUCCUCCGCAAUCCUCGGGGGUGACUCCAGAUCUCCCAACAGUUCCAAUGCCGCCACACCGAGUUCCUCAUCCACGAAUGUAAAUGAUAUACGGGGGAAGAGCACAAACAACGAUGGUGGAGCGGGCACCCAUGGCAACACACUACAUCAUGGUGUCCAUGGCCCCGGCCCGGGAGCUACAGGCCAACACUUCAUGUCGCAAGGCUCUGCACAUGGACCAGGCGGGCCUGGGACCCCCGGCAGACAGGGCGGCCAUAUCCCCCCCAGUGUCAUAAUAAGCCCAAGCGCUCCUCACAUUCCCGGACCGGGCGCGACGGAGACGAUGCCUGGGGACCUUGCGCCUCCAAAAGCUGGCCAAAAAUCACUCCUUUUCGAUCGGCUUCAGUCUACCCCCAAAGAUGUGCCUGAGGGUGUACGAACUCCGAAGAGACAGCAUUCAUCUCGGUUCGACGUGUCGGAUCAAAGAGCCCGUGAUCUCGAAAAGUUACCAGGUUUCCACGAAGUCCCCCCUAAUCGAAGGCAGGAGCUUUUCAUGCAGAAAAUUGAUCAGUGCAACAUCAUCUUCGAUUUCAACGAUCAGACAGCGGAUAUGAAGUCCAAAGAAAUCAAGAGACUCGCCUUACACGAACUCUUGGACUAUGUCGCGAAUAAUAGAUCCGUCAUAACGGAACCGAUGUACCCCAAAGUCGUGGAGAUGUUCAGCAAGAAUUUGUUUCGACCGGUUCCUCCCCCCGUCAACCCCCAAGGGGAGGCCUUUGACCCGGAAGAGGACGAGCCGGUGCUUGAAGUGGCCUGGCCUCAUAUCCAAGUCGUCUACGAGUUCUUCUUGCGCUUCAUCGAAAGCCAAGACUUCAACACCAACAUCGCCAAAGCGUACAUUGAUCAUCACUUCGUCCUUCAACUACUCGAGCUUUUCGACUCGGAAGAUCCGAGAGAGAGAGAUUUCCUCAAGACGACACUGCACCGGAUCUACGGCAAAUUUUUGAAUCUCCGGUCAUACAUUCGGAGAUCCAUCAACAACGUCUUCUUCCAAUUCACCUACGAGACGGAGAGGUUCAAUGGCAUCGCGGAACUUCUCGAGAUUUUAGGAUCCAUCAUCAACGGCUUUGCUCUCCCGCUAAAAGAGGAACAUAAACUCUUCCUGACCCGAGUCCUCAUUCCCCUCCACAAAGUCAAGAGUUUGAGCAUGUACCAUCCUCAGCUAGCGUACUGCAUCGUCCAGUUCCUGGAAAAGGACGCGGCGUUGACCGAAGAGGUCGUCCUCGGGUUGCUUCGGUAUUGGCCCAAAGUCAACAGCACGAAAGAAGUCAUGUUCUUGAAUGAGGUGGAGGAUAUUUUUGAAGUCAUGGAUCCUCAAGAGUUCGCGAAAGUUCAGGAGCCACUCUUCAAUCAGCUGGCCAAGUCGGUUGCCAGCCCCCACUUUCAGGUGGCGGAACGAGCACUUUAUUUCUGGAACAACGAAUAUUUUUGCAAUCUCGUCAGUGACAACGUCGAGACAAUCUUGCCGAUCAUGUUUGCUCCGCUCUACGAAAAUUCAAAGGGACAUUGGAACCGAACAAUCCAUGGCAUGGUCUACAACGCAAUGAAGCUAUUCAUGGAAAUCAAUCCUCAAUUGUUUGACGAAUGUUCCCAUGAUUACAACGAAUUGCAAAACACGGCGGGACAGCGAGAGAAAGCACGCGAAGCCAAAUGGGAGAAACUUACCGAGCAGGCGAACAGAAUGAAAGCCGGACUUGCAAAACCGCCGAGCGCACCGCCCAUUAAAGAAGUUCCUGAGUCAGUUACUGCACAAGACAAUCAAGAGAGGCUUGAUGCACUCAAAUUACAUGACGAAUCGUCAUCGUCGACCAAACCGUCAUCGAGGCGACGAGCGGACUCUCAUGGACACACGAGAUCUCGCCGGUCCAACAGUGGCUCUGACGGCAAGUCGAGAAGACAUCGCGCCCAUUCUGGCGGAUCAGUGGAUCUCCAUCGAGCGGUGCCCCACAUACAACGCCAUGGGAGCACCACGUCACAGCGUUGA